AUGAAUUCUCCUGAACCCUUGGAUUUUUCACCGGUUAUUGAUUUUGGGCAUCACCUGGAACUUUUGGAGCUCAAAAGAGAUGUGGCCGAGUUAAAGGGUGAGUUAACUCGGCUUAUCGAGCUGUUUUCACAACAGCACAGUUACCAGAGUGGUUCGCUUGGUUCUGGCAAUUGUGUGGAGGCUGUACAAGUGAAUGGAGGAGGCUCCUGCUCCCAAGGAAUGCCUCCGUUUACAAGUGGUACCGCAGGAUUAUAUUAUGAUGCUGAUGUUAUUGGGGAUUUUGUUAAACGUUUUGAUAAAUUGGGGUUUGAACUUCUUAACAAAGUUGUGCAUUUUCAUGAACAGAUGGAAAAUAGGCUUCAAAAAGAAGUAGAAGAGUCAAAUGGUAUGAUUCUAGGUGAUUUGUUGUUUUCCCAAUAUGAAGGGCCUUAUAAUAAAAUCAUUGACAGGGUAAUCAUCACAAGAGGAGUUACAGAGACAGCAAGACAAAUUCGACAGAUUGCAGAUCUAACAUUAUUAUCCUGUAAUGGAGACCCAGUAACUUGGCUAGACAGAUCCUGGCUUUCCGUUUCACCAUCUGAGGGAGAGAAGUUCUUGCUGGUUUUCCCCUGCAUCAACCCUUUCGUUGCACAACUCAUGUUGAAAAAGUCAUUUUCUCUUCAGUGGCUGUUGUCUGCGACAUUUGACCAACUUCAAGAAAUACUUCCUGAGGUUCCCGGUAAAGUUUUAAAGCAUUUUGGUGACAUCACUGCUUUGUACAAGUUAGACUCAACAUCAUUACUAUCAGAAGAAACACCCUUUCAAGGAGGUACAGACAUUUCAAAAUCUCUGUUUUCUGACAGUAUAUAUGCUCACUGUGACGCACAAGCUCAUGUCAAGACUUCAUAUCAAGAAACAUCACCUUUCUUUAGCGAAAUUCAAAAGGCUACAGGUCAGCCAUUCACCCACCACAACCAAGAAGCAUAUUUUCAUUCUGAUCCUUUUAAGAUUUCACAUAGUACAGAAUCCACCUAUUGUCAUGAAUUUACCGGCUACUUAGAUGGCAAAAAAAGCAACAGCUAUGUUACCUUUAAUAGUACUUUACCUUUCCUAAAUUCCAAAAUAAUUAAUAAAGCAAAUACAGUUCCUUUUCUACAGUCUAACAACGUAACAUCAACAAACUUUACUCCAACAAGAGUAGCUAAUACUUAUGGAGUUAAAAGAAUGCCUUCAUCCAUGAGUCAGCUUCAAGCACAUGUGGGCUCAUUUUCUACAUCAAUACCUGGCCAGUAUAAGGGACAAGAAGUGGAAAGACUAAUCAGAAAAGAUGCACAGUCUUACUUCUACACACAGAGGAGUCCUGAGACCUCAGUUUAUGAAGAUGAUGAAAGGAACAAUUUGGUACACGUUUGGCAGACACAAUCAUCAGCAUCUUCAGGCUGGAUGGAUCAAAGCCCACAGCAUUACAAUAUUUCUCAUAAGAAUGACUCAAUUUUAUCACCAGCAACUUGUUUUGAACAAGAACCUCCAAAUCCACAAAUUAAAUUAAAAAAACUGUCAUACAUUAAGUCACAAAAUAGAACUGCUGAGAAUUUCUGCGAUGACUUUCCACCAAUGUAUGAGUCCAGCAGAGAUGGACAGAAUUACAGUCAAUUUGAUGCUGAGUACAUGAAAGAAUUGGACAGACAUUUUAGUCCAAUGUUUGCUAAACCACCACAAAUUGAGGGACAGAUAGUUCAGUCUCUAGCAGGCUGUGGGAAAGAAGAAGAAUUUGCAGAUUCAAGAUUUGCACUAGCACCAGAACUAAAAAGAAGGCGUUUAUCUUUUGAGAAGGUCCCGGGAAGAUAUGAUGGACAAACUCGGCUUAAAUUCUUUUGACAAAGUAGUUUAAAGUUUAAAAAUAAAACGUAUGCUUUUAAAUUCAAAUCUUAAUAAACACAGAUGGUUUUACGUGUUUAA